AUGGCGGCGCACGCCGGCGGCUCGCUCGUCGAGCGCCCGGUCGCCUUCACGACCGACUCGAAGCACAUGAUGUGCUGCUCCGGCGCCGCGGUGAAGCUCUUCUCAUGCGAGACGGGCGCCCUGCUGCGGGUGCUCGAGGGCCACACGGAGGACGUCACGGCCGUCUCAAACGUGGCCUCCAACGUCUUCCAGGGGCUGUCGGCCGGCCUGGACGGCCGGAUUCUGCUGUGGGAUCUCGACGACGCCACCAUCCUGCGCGCCUUUUGCGUGGGCCGCCCCAUCCUCGCAAUGUCGCUGCACGCGACGACGCCUUCGACCGCCUUUGUGCUCACCAGCCCCGAGGGCAAGGCCGCGCCCGCCGGGACGCCGCGCUACGCGGAGGGGCUCGCACACGGGGGCCGGACCUACGCCGCCUCGCUCCGCGUGUCGAAGCGCAGCGCCAAGCGCGCCAAGGAGCUCGCCGCACGGAGCGGCCGCCGCGACGGCGACGGCGGCAGCGGGGACGGGGCGCUCGCCGCGGCAGCCGAGGAGGGGGACGAGCCGCUCGGGCCGGAGGAGGACGCGAGCGGCGCCUUCGGCAGCCUCGAGCGGCCGUGGCCCGCCGAGCUGCGCCCCCUCUUCCGCGCAAAGGCGACGGCGCUCGCCGUCGCGGCGUGCGGCGAGGAGAGCGCGUUUGUGGCGGCGGUGAGCGGCUCGUGGCUGACGGUUCACGACGUGGCGGAGCGGUCGACGGCGCACUUUCGGCAGCGUCGCGAGAAGCGCGCCGCCCUGCUCUGCGUCGCCCUCUCCCCCACCGAGCGCCUCGCCGCGACCGCCGACGAGCUCGGCCGCAUCCAUCUCUGGCGGAUCGCGACGAGAGACGCGGCCGCGCGCGAGGCGACGGGCGCGAGCAGCUCAGAUGGGGCGGCGCGGGAGAUGCACUGGCACGCGCAGGCGCUCGCCGCGCUCUCCUUCUCCGUCGACGGCGGCCUCGUCCUCUCCGCCGGCCGCGAGGGAGUGCUUGUCUUGUGGCAGACGCACGGCGCAGAGCGCAACUUUCUGCCGCGGCUCGGCGCGCCGCUGCUCGGGAUGACGCCGUCAGAGGACGGGGGCACGCUCGCGCUGCGCAGCGAGGACAACAGCGUGCAGCUCGUCGACCUCGGCGCGCGCUCCGUCCGCCGCGUCAUCUACGGUGCCUCCGCCGCGCCGCCCGCGUGA